AUGGCUAAAACUAAGACAACACCAAGAAAUGAAUAUCGGCGGUGUCCAAUGUGUUCGGAACCUGCAAGAACAGAAGAAGAAUUCAAGAAACACAUUAUGGUAUGCGCCAUGAGAGUUUUUGAGUGUCCAACCUGUGAUUUUACCAACACUAGAGAACUCAAUCUCAAGAGACACAUCAAACGAUGUCAUCCUGGCUUAGGACCUAAUGAUGAACUUAUCAAACUGGGCGCAAAAGAGCAAAGUAAGGAGAAGGCAGGUGGUUCGUUGAAUGAAAAAAACAAAAAUGAGGAAAGCGCAAAUGAAGAUUGGUUGGACCAGGACCCUGGUGAAGUUAUAGGCGAGAUAUCCUCUGCAGACUCAUCGAGUAGUAGUAGCUCAAGUGAGAAGAAUGAAGAAGAUGAUAUUGAUGAGCAGAAGGAGAAACAGGAUCCGGAGAAGAAAGAAGACAAUCUGUUAGAAGGAAGACUUUUCCGUAAGAAGACCCAACCGACUUUGCCUUUUGCAAGAAAAAGACCAAGUUUGGAGGAUAUCCCUGUUCCAAAGAAGAUUAUUCUUAUGGACAAAGCAACCCAGGUUGAUAUGGAACCAGCAGUUCCCCCUGUAGAGAGUAGUGGAGUCGACGUUUAUACACAGACAUCCCCAAAGAAAAGAGAAGUUGUGACCAGAACGACAAGAAAGUUUCGUGAAGGAGAGGCAGAUAUCAAAGUUGUUGCCAAAGAAAGAAUAAUUUAUAACUGA